AUCCGGUUGUGCAGCAGCCAUUUUGUCUGUUCGGGCAAGUCUUCCCUGACGAUUACGAACUGCAGUUCCACCCUGGAAAACAAUUUGAAAUGUAGUUGUGGUGUUUCACACUCACUCUACUUCCGGCCUGAGGGGUUUAUAAAAUUUAAAUCUGACCGUACAUGAGCGGGGAGAACUCUCCUCUUCCAGAGAAACCCGGAACUCUGAGGGAGGCCGCGGCUCGGCCGAGACAUGUCGUGUGAGGAGAGCUACUUGGCGAUCAUUCGCUACCUGACUGAUGAGCAGGAGCCGUACGCACCGGGGACGCCCGGCAACACCAAAAGGAAAAUCCGGAAAGCGGCCGCCUGCUACGUGGUGAGGAGCGGGACGUUGUUUUACCAGCGGCGCCUGAAGGGCCAGGAUGAAUUCACGGAGCUGGAGGUGGUGCUGCAGGACGACCGGAGGAGGGAAUUUAUCAAGCAGGCGCACAUCAUGGAGGCAGGAGAGCACCUGAACCAGCAGCUCACGUGGGAAUUCAUCUCCCAGAAGUACUGGUGGAGAGCGAUCCUGAAGCACGUGAAAGACUUCAUCAGAGAGUGCACUCACUGUCAGAGCAAGCGGGCUGCUGACGACGGCUCUGGAUCCCGGCAAUUUUCCCGGUCAGGGAGACGACGGGUGGCUGCAAACGCGAAUGAUGAAGGAGAGGAGGAUGAACUGGAAGAAGUGGGAGGUGAUGGUUUUCCCCUCACCAGCUCGUCUUCUCAUGGGAAGUCCAAGACGACAGCCAAGCAUGAACUGGUCUUUGUGGACAGUAAGGGUGAGGUGAAUCAGUUCCUGUCCAAACACAGCCAAACCAUUUUGGACAAACUCAACCAGCAGCGUCUCAGCAAUCAGUUCUGUGACAUCACGCUGCUGAUUGAGGGAGAUGAGUACCGAGCGCACAAAGCCGUGUUGGCGGCGUGCAGCGAGUACUUCCACGAGCUGUUUUUUGAGAAGGGGGCCGUGUCAACACACGAAGCUGUGGUCGACCUCUCGGGUUUCAGCAAAGUGAGCUUCCUCCCGCUGCUGGACUUUGCGUACACCUCCACGCUCACGUUUAAUUUCUGCAUCAUGGCAGAAAUCGCUAACCUUGCCCGACAUUUGCUGAUGAACGAGGUGUUGUUGAUAUGUGAGUCAGUGCACAAGCAGGUGGAGGAACAGAAGCUGACGGUGUAUCAAAGAGGAGACGUGCACACUGUGGUGUCGAGUCAACCGGCUCCUCAGGGGGUCUCGAAGGACGAGUCUGAUGCUUACAUGUUGGCCAUACAGGACGGGAUGGUGGUCACCCAAGAUACUGUUGCUGUUACGGGCGAGUCCCUGGCAUUUGUUGCACCAUCCAAAGAUUCGUACAUCCAGCAGCCGAUUAGCAUUGUUACUGAUGCUGUAGAGGGAGACCAAGUGGAUGGAGGGGAGGCUGGUGAAAAUGAAAUAGUGUCUCUGAUCGCACAAACCGGACAGGCUGAGCCAGGAGAGACUGUCACUCUGAUCUCACACAGCACAGAAGAAAUGGACGGGGAGACGAUGACUGUGGUCACCCACAGCGGACAGGCUGGAGCCAGCGAGUCCCUCGCUGUGGUGUCAGCCUGCCUGGCGAUGGAGCAGCCGCAAGUCGCUGAAGCAGAAGCCUUUGUCAUAAACAUGGACACAGAUAGCGUGAGCCCCACAGAGGUGGUGAAACCAGCAUCUGCAGCUGCCACCGAAGAAGCAGCAGCAGCAGCGUCGCCGCAGGAGACGGUGGAUCCAGCACCUAUACCCCUAAAACGCAAACGAGGGCGUCCGGCCAAGGUGAAGAAGGAGAUCGAAGAAGAGGUGACCAUGCCACCAGAGGAGGAGGAUCCAUCUGCCGAUGAAGGCCACACAGACAAGCAGGAGAUGAUGUCGGACGAUCCAAGCAAAAGACGACUACGGCAGCGCUCUAUUGCUGAGGGCGGUUAUGCUCGUCUGCAUAUGGGGCUGGAGGAGGAAGAGGAGGCAAAGAAAAGUCUUACCCCUCCGCGUGCAAUCACUCCGAAGGUGGGUCCGAGGCCGGGGAAGAGGGGACGACCACCAAAGCAUCCAGUGGAGAGUCAAGUUGAAGGAGCAUCUGAGUCCGGGGCGGAACCAGAGACUGGGGCUGUGGAGGGCGUGGCAGCCGAAGAGGUCAGCACAGAGGAGGCCGCGACGAUGGCGGCAGCAGAGGCAGAGACCCGAACCAACCGCGAUCAGUCUCCAACAGAGGGCGCUGUGGAAGGAGAGUACACAUGCACUGAGUGCGGCAUGUCCUUCCCCAGACGCUAUUCUCUCAUCAUGCACUCGUUAAAACACGAGAAAGCUUUUGGAUAUAAGUGCAGCAUGUGUAGUAAGGAGUUCCAGUACGCCGCCUCGCUCCGCGCCCACCUCACCCGACACAAGCAGCAGAGGAGCCAGCGGGUGCCCAUCACCAAACUCUUGGUCAGACAGAGCGUUGAGGGUUGCGGCGAUAUGAAUAACAAGACUUUAUUGUCACACACAAAAAGAGAGUUUGUGUGCGAUAUCUGCGGGAAGACCUUACCGAAGCUUUACUCCCUGAGGAUCCACAUGCUGACUCACACGGGGGUGCGGCCCCACUCCUGCAAGAUCUGUGGCAAGACGUUCGCCCACAAACACAGCCUGAAGAUGCACUGGGCGCUGCACGACGUCACCAAACAGUUCCAGUGCGAUUUCUGCAAGAAGUAUUUUGUGAGCAAGAGGGGCAUGGAGGAGCACACCAGCCUGCACACAGGUGAAUCAAAGUACUUGUGCAACACGUGUGGAGCAACUUUCUUCCGAGCCUCAGCUCUGAGCAAACACAUGAAGAAGCACGUGCCCAAACCUGACGUCCGUCCAAUCGCCUGCACUCACUGUGAUAAGAGGUUCUACGAAGCGAAAGAUCUUCAGCAGCACAUGAAUAAGCACCUGGGCCUGAAGCCCUUCCAGUGCCAGGUGUGUGGGAAGUGCUACAGCUGGAAGAAGGACUGGUACUCCCACGUCAAGUCCCACAGCGUGGCCGAGCCCUACAAGUGUAACGUGUGUGGGAAGGAGUUCUUUGAGAAGGCGCUGUUCAGAAGACAUGUCAAAAAGGCCACGCACGGGAAGAAGGGCCGAGUGAAGCAGAACCUGGAGAGGGAGUGUGAGCAGUGUGGAAGAAAGUUCACUCAGCUGCGAGAGUACAGACGCCACAUCAACAACCACCAGGGAGUGAAGCCAUUUGAAUGUCUGACCUGUGGCGUGGCCUGGGCCGACGCCCGGUCCCUUAAGCGCCAUGUGCGCACACACACAGGAGAGCGGCCGUACGUGUGCCCCAUGUGCCAGGAGGCCCACAUCGAUGCACGCACUCUACGCAAACACAUGGCCAAGUACCACAGCGACAACCUGCCCGGUAAGAUCAUGCUGGAGAAGGACACCCUCCAGUUCCACAACCAGGGCACCCAGGUGGAGCAUGCCGUCAGCAUCCUGGCGUCCGACCUGCCUCCCGAGCUCCGCCCAGCCCAGCCGCAGCCCUCAGAGGAGAUAGAGACGGUGCUGAUCACAGAGGAGACGGUGGAGGCCGGGGAUGCCUCGCAGCUGGACGGCUCCGUGGCCACGCUGUCAGAUCAGGGCAUCAUGCAGGUUGUGAACUACGUCCUGGCCCAGCAGGGCCUCACAGAUCCCAAACUGGAAGAUAACCCCGAGAUGAUUCAGACCAUGGAGGUGGAGGUGGCUCACGUGGCCGAAGUGGAGUGAGCAGGGUUGUCCCACACAGACACAAAAUGUAUCGCAGUGUAAAAAGAUGCCUAUUUUUCUGAAAAUGUACAUAAUGUAUUAAGUGUGUGUUCAGCUCCGACCUGUGUUUGAUGAGCUGUGAUCCUGCACACACUCACCCGUGUUGUGUGUACAUAGUUGCACAUACAGUGACAAUUAUCUGAUGAAUCCUCGGCAGAAAUAAAUGUAGAAGUAAGAAACAACA